UGCAUUUCAUUUUCUGCAAAAUUUCUGCAAAAAACUUUAUUGUGUGCUUCUUGCGCGUGAACUGCUGCAUCAUUUGGAGACUUCUACAUCAAGCUUUCGAAAUCGAAAUCAGGUAAUGUAUACGAAUCUCUGAUUUUGGUUUAGUCGAAGUGUUAGUCUCCUUUCUCGCUUUCUGUGGUUGAUUUUGAGUCCUCUGAAGGAAGUUAGGGUUAGAAGUGAGAAUGAUUUUGAGUGUGCAUUAGAGGGUUUUUUUUUUUUUUUUUUUUUUUUUUUUAAGGGGUCCUGACUUCAUUCCUCCCCCUACUUCGUGUAGAAAUUAAGAAAAUGUCUUUGGAAGAAAUAGUGAGUGUGGUAGGAAGUGAGGUAAUGCCUCUGGCAUAUGGUGGGAUGGACUCAGAGAGCAGUCCAUCUAGUUCAGAGAAAACGGUGGAGGGGGUGAGAGGAGAUGAGGUGGUGGGGGUUGGGGGGGAUAAUGUACCCAUCACUGUGGUAGAAGUAGAGGGUAGGAGAGAGAGAGGUUAUGAUGUAGAUGCAGAGAUAGUGGAAGAGGUGAAGCAAUACAGAUUUGAACUCGGGACCAGGGAUAGCUUGGGUCACUUAGUGGAGAAUUACGAGAUCUUUUCCCAAGUGUUAGUUAGGCCAGCUGGGGUAGAGGAAAGGACGUGUUCUGCUCCUCGGGAUCAUUGGAUGCCCAUGUAUGCCCAUUAUUUGGUAGCCGGGCUUAGGUUUCCAAUUCCUAAGUUGUUAGUAGAUGAUACGGAGUGGGAGAGGGGGGAUACCGAGGUGAAGGAGUUGUCAUCCUGGAAGGCUAAACGAGCCAACCAUAAUAAGUUUAGCUUAAAUGAGGAUGAGGAGGAAGAAGUGGGGAAGUUGGUGAGGAAGGGGGAGGAUGUAUUGAACAUCAUGGACCUCACCAGCGUAGAAUGCAUAGGAGCUGUUGAGCUCUAUGGGCCAAGCGCUUUAAGUGAAGGAGUGGCCAUCCCCAAGAAGCCAAGGAAGAAGUCAAAGACUUCAACCAAGGAGGAAAGAGGGGCACUUCAAAAGAAGAAGAAGGUGGAGGAGGAGGAGGAGGGGAGGGGGAGCGAGGUUCCCCAGUUCGUACCUAGGCUUCCUCUUGUUGAGCUUGACCCUGAGCUUAGGGAAUCUGAGGAGGGGGCUGAGGUACGAGCUCCUGGCAAGGGAAAGGGCCUUGUUCCCCCGUUGUCCUUUCAGAGCAGGCUGUUCGAGGCGAAGAACAUGACGAGGGCUAGGAGGUUUAUCAACGCCACCUUCCCCGAGUGUGACCAGUUGCAGAAGGAGAAGGAAGAGUUGGAGAAGAAGAAUAAGCAGAUGCAAGAGGUGCUGGACGAGGUGGUUCCAGUUGUGAAGCAGCUAGAGCAGGAAAGGUCUUCCUUGAGCACCAAGCUCGUCUUUGAGGAGAGCAAACGAAGGAUCUCUGAAAGCGAGCGUGAGGCUCAGGCGAAGGAAAAAACACUGAUGAAGGAUGCUUUCGUGGAGCUCAAGGAGAAUGUGCAGAUGUUGGUGCAUAAUGGGAUGAAGGAACACAUCAACAACUUCAUCAGCUCCAGCUCGUUUGACGACAUCGUCAACUUAUACUGGUUGCCAACUGCCAUCAUUGCUUUCACGGACUACAGAAAGAAGGUAAAGGUUGAAUAUCCCGAAGUGGAUAUUACUAAGAUCACCUUCGGCGAGCAAGAAGAAGGAGGGGAGGAGAACGGUGAAAGCAUGUCAGUAGACUUCCGUCCUCAGAUCAAACUGAGGUGGGAUCAUGAUGCAGACAGACGCGCUGUUUUCCCUCCAAAAUUCGAUUUCGAGUUCGUUGCAGUGGAGGAAGAAGGGGCAGAGGUAGAGGAAGAUGAAGUAGAGGCAAGAGUGGAAGGAGCUGAAGUGGAUGAGAGCCAACCAAUUCCAAAAGUGGAGAUUCAUCCAGUUCCUUCUAACGAUGAGCAGCCUCCUCUGCCAGACGAGCAACAGCCAACACAGUCACCUCUUCCAACUGAACAGGAGCCAGUUGAGCCACCUCCUCCAGCAGAGAAAUAAUUUUUGUUUGUUAUUUUUUCUUUGAUGUUUUUAUUGUAACAACAGUAAAAUAAUCUGUUGUAAUACUUUUUACUUUGAAUGAAAAUUCAGUUUUGAA